AUGACGUCACCAAUCAGCGACGCUCACCCCAGCGUGACCGAUGUAUUUUGAGUUCUCUGUCGCCCUAAAAUGCUUAAGAAGAAGUCAAAUAGCGGCGAAAAGAAGCGAAAACACACUUCGUCCGUUGAACGGCAUCGUGGGAGUAAACGUAGAAGCGCUGAAUGUAACGUAGAGGACUCGAAGGAAGAGCUCGCCGAAUCAGAGCUGGACAGGGUCGGCAGUGACAUCGAGGAAGGGGGACUGGAUCUCGCGGUGCCAUUUCAACCCAUCACGGCGUAUACGAGCGACAAAAAGGAGAUGUUGGAGCAAUGCUUCCGCGUGUUAGGGGAGAAGAAACUACGGAGGAUGAUUCCCGAUGAAUUUAAGGAUUGUAACUUUGAGGAAAUCCGAAAACUGUGUUGGGAUCAACUUGAACCAAUUUCGGAGCGAAACAUCAUGCAGAUCCUAUCUGGAGAGCAAGUGACGAAAGAAAAUCAACCCUCAGAAAGCCAACAAGAAGACAUUGCGCUGUGCGUGAAAGACUCAACAAAACGUGACAUCACCAAACAAGAGGCUGUUGCCUCCAGUGAGGACAGUGACGUCCUAAGCAUCAAUGCCGACACUAGUGACAUCGAUGCGCCCAAAGAUGAGCAGCCCGGGGACAAAAAUGUCGAAGAGCAGUGUGUGCCGAAAGCUGAAGCCAUUCAAAGCGACAUCGACCGAAGCGUCAGUGAGAUAUUAGCGUCCAAGGACAAAGAAGCUAAAAAGGCAAGCCCAGCUUUGUCCGUCCAUGACGCUCCGGACUGUGCUGCUGCCUCUGUUAGCGCUGCAACAUGUACGCCAUCACUUCGGCAGCUGGAACUUCUUGAAUUGGAGAUGAGGGCGCGCGCUAUAAAGGCAUUGAUGAAAGCAAGCAAUGGGAAAACAGCUAGCUAGGGAUAAAAUGCUAAAGUACUGUGCAAACAAAAAGUAUUCACAGCACUUCAGUUUUUCCACAUUUCCAAAAUGGAAUAAAUUAUUUUUUGUCCUAAAAGUUCUACAGACAAUACCCCAUAAAGACAAGGUGAAACUUGUUUUUUUUUAAA